AUGUCAUCCUCAGGAGGUACAGGCUCUAGCCUAGCGAAAGCUGUGGUGAUCGUUUCCGGUGUCUCGUCCCUGGUGGCUUCACUUUUGUCGCUUCUGUCGAUAUGGCUACAAACGAAAAACUAUCGAAAACCGCUCCUCCAACGAUAUGUUGUUCGUAUACUUCUGAUGGUUCCUAUAUAUGCGGCUGCUUCCUGGACGAGCAUUGUAUCACUGAAGGCGUCUCUUUGGCUGGAUCCUAUUCGCGAUGUUUAUGAGGCCUUUACUAUCUACACCUUCUUCCAGUUACUCAUCAAUUUUCUCGGAGGUGAGCGGGCCUUGAUCAUCAUGACCCACGGUCGUCCUCCGGUACAACAUGCCUGGCCACUGAACCAUUUCCUGCCCAAACUCGAUAUCUCCGAUCCGCACACCUUCCUGGCCGUGAAGCGCGGUAUACUCCAGUAUACAUGGUUAAAGCCAAUCCUAGCUAUCGUAUCUAUCAUUAUGAAAGCUACAGAUAGCUACCAAGAGGGUUACCUGGGCUUAACCUCUGGUUACCUCUGGACAGGGAUUGUGUAUAAUGUUAGCGUCACGAUAAGUUUGUACUCGCUGGCGAUGUUUUGGGUUUGCCUUCACAACGACCUGGCGCCAUUCCGUCCUGUGCCAAAGUUCCUUUGCGUCAAACUCAUUAUUUUUGCUUCCUAUUGGCAAGGUUUCUUCUUGUCCAUCUUGCAGUGGCUCGGGGCUUUAUCCAACGGUGUCGCGGGGUACACUCCUGACAACCUCGCCGCUGCAAUUCAGGAUUCCUUGAUCUGCUUUGAAAUGCCUAUAUUUGCGGUUACUCAUUGGUAUGCAUUCUCUUGGCAUGAUUAUGCUGACCCAACCAUCUCCUCCGCGCGGCUUCCAGUAAUAUAUGCGCUGCGGGAUGCCUUUGGCAUCAGAGACCUAAUCGAGGACACAAAGAUGACGUUGCGAGGCGAGAAUUAUGCAUACAGGCUAUUCGACUCUGGAGACCAUAUUAUGGCGCAUGCUGAAUCCGAGUCUCGGGUGAGACGGAUGAUGCACGGCAUGCGAUACGAGCGCGGAGGGAAGGGCAAGUACUGGAUUCCUACACCGGGUGAAAUCAACAGUCGCACACCAUUACUUGGUGGUGCUGAAUCAAGUAGACGGGGCAGUCUCGUGGAACGGUUCCGCUCGCCCAGUGAUGUUGAAGAAUCGACACUAGACGAGGGAGAUGAACAGCUGUUCACCAAGGCUCGAGCGCUGGAGUUUGGUGACUGGAAUUAUCCGGUGAUAACGGCAAAUCAAGCGCCACAAGAUCAGCGUUUGGCUGCUCCAUUCAGCUAUCAAGAUUCGCAACAACCAGAAGUAGUGAAGAAGUCCCGCAAGCACCGAAAAGUGCGUGCGCCCGGCAGCGAAGAAACGCAGCCAAAGGGUGACAGCACACCGAGCAAAUCACGCAUGCAGCGUACUGAAAACCGGGCUCCUCUUCAGCGAGGCCCGAGCUCUUCUACUUCUCAAAACUCACACCGCAGCCAAUUAGUUGACCUUGUAGUCGAAGAUCGAGAAGCCGAAGAGAAAGAACGAUUUGAGCAGCAGAGAAUGACUGGCUCCGCAUUGUUAGAGCCAGAACAUCGAUAUUUCCAGACGCCAUCCGGUCACCCAUUGAGCGAGCAGUCUAAGAUCACCCAUAGUGAGGGUUCUGGUUCCCCCAGUGAACGCGCAAAGCAACCGACCGAGAGAGAUGAGGACACGGCCAACGAUGAAUCAAAAACCCCAGGGUGGUCGUAUGAAGGGUUGGAGGAGAAUGUUUGGGGUCAAUGA